CCCCACAUCGCCACAACUCCAUUUCCGGCAAUCUCUGGGGCCUACCUCGAUCCUCGGAGGACUCCUCGCAAGGAAGGGAGGAGAAGAUGAGUUCCAGCGGCGGCAGGGGCAAGCCCAAGGGCACCAAGGCGGUGUCGCGGUCGUCCAAGGCCGGCCUGCAGUUCCCCGUCGGCCGCGUCGCGCGCUACCUCAAGACGGGCAAGUACGCCGAGCGCGUCGGCGGGGGAGCCCCCGUCUACCUCUCCGCCGUCCUCGAGUACCUCGCCGCCGAGGUGCUGGAGCUCGCCGGCAACGCGGCGCGCGACAACAAGAAGAACCGGAUCGUGCCGCGCCACAUCCAGCUCGCCGUACGCAACGACGAGGAGCUCAGCAAGCUGCUGGGGGCCGUCACCAUCGCCGCCGGAGGGGUGCUGCCAAACAUCCACCAGACGCUGCUGCCCAAGAAGGCCGGCGGCAAGGGCAAGGCCGACAUCGGAUCUGCCUCCCAGGAGUUCUAGACGGCGGAUGACUCCUCCGGUCGGAAACCCAACUUCAAUCGGAGCCGCUGUUUUGGCUUCUUGGUUCGUCAGUAGGAAUAGUAGUACUUCCAGUAUCUUGUCUAUCUAGGUUAGGUUAGGUUUUGCAAUGGUGGUUUAUCAGGGGAAGUUUGUGAUGGAUGGAUGAAAGUUUGCUGUAUCUAUCAAUCAAUCUUGGGAUGGAUGAAAUGGUCGGUUAUGUUGCUUGCUAUGAUUCUUGAAUGUGAAUCCCGAAUCUGUGUCCUGCGGA